ACUUUCUGACCCUGCUUCAGCUGAACUGUGAGAUACAAAAUAACCAUGCAGUCUCCUGGAAAAUCUCUGAAGGAAGCUCUGCUGUGUGCUCAGAGCGAGGAGCGACUCACUGUUGGAGUCUAUGAGAGUGCCAAAAUUAUGACUGAAGACCCGGACAGUGUGUCUUUCUGCGUCCUGGCCAUGGAUGAGGAGUUUGAGUGUGACAUCGCCCUCCAGAUCCACUUCACCCUCAUCCAGUCCUUCUGCUUCGACAACGACAUCAGCAUCGUCAGAGUGAGCGACAUGCAGCGUCUGGUGGAGAUUGUUGGGGACAAGGCGGAGCAGUUUGAAGAUGCGCACUGCGUCCUCAUCACGAACCCGGCUGACGGGUCUUGGGAGGACCCUGCUCUGGAGAAACUGCACCUGUUCUGUGAGGAGAGCCGGCGUCUGAACGACUGGGUUCCUGAGAUCAGCCUCCCCGAGCGCUGAUCUGGGACCUGCUCCUCACUUGCUCAGAUGCUGCAAAGCUUCUUAUCUGGAAAUACUCAUCCUGAUGGACAGGAUGACCCUGUUUCUGCUCAUCCCUGGAUACUCCUGAGGAGGAUUCCCGUCCAGGCAGCACGGCGCCGGCCCGAGGGGCCCCCGUGAACCGUCGCCUCUUGUCCCGUCCAUGCCAAGAUGACUCUCAUUCUUUAUGUGAAUGAGGUCGGGCAUGCCACAAGAGCGACGCAUCGACCCUCAUUCUUUGUGCGGAUGAGGUUUGGAGAGGAAGGAGAAGCGAGUUCUGCGUCCUGUGGUUCCACAGAGCAAAUGUCGCACGUUGAAGCACGCGCAGCAGGAGAAGAAGCGGUGCUGAGAGAGAGGCCUUCUUAGAAAGGGACUUUUUAAGGAUGUCCUCUUUGUUGAGCAACAUGACAUCAGUUGCAGUCAGCGGAAAUGUUUCCCACUUUCCAGAAUUGUCUUAAUUCUCUAAAGGUUUCACUUUAGAAAUUUAACAAUGACAAAAAAAAAAAAGAUUCUGAAAAAAAUGAUCUAAAGGUUUCACUUUGGAUAU